GAGCGGGGGCCGCCGUGGCCAGAGGCUCCGCGCGGCGCCACCGCGGCGACGGCGCCGACCGCCUCCGCCGGCUCCGGGGCCGCGGCGCCGACGGGCAGCGACGCGGCGGCGGCGGCGCAGCCUGACUCCGACGAGCAGGCCGAGGCGUACGACGACCCUGGCCAGCAGGUCGAGCCCGCGGGGCCCUGCUUCGUCACCGCCCUGGCCGACGUCCUCGCGCACCUGUCCUCGCUGCCUGGGCGGACGCAGAGGACCACCAGAUUCCACUCGGUGCGCGCCCCGCAGCUGAGCAUACGGGACUACCUCAUGAGGCACCGCCGCCGCCGCGCUGCGACUCUGCGGCCAUCUGCGAGGUGUUAUUCGAG